UUUCAGUUGCCAGCAGGUUAGCAAUCGCAACGGUUUACUUUAAUUCCGCGCUCAGUUGAAAUAUUCUCCAAGGAGUCGCGAAAAACUUGAAAAACAUUGUUUUGAAAUGCCCAUCUUGGUGUCCUUAAUGUGUUGAAAGUUAAUAAAAAAUUUCAAAAUAGCUGUGAAAAAAACAAAAAAAAACUUAGAAAACAAAAGAUUACCAAACGGUUAAGCUUAUUGUUUAAAAUUCCUACGCUUUUCACCUGUUGAAAAAUUCACAAAAAUGGAAACAACAAUUGUUACCACAACAACAACCGAACUUAAUUGCAUUAUUCGCGGCAGCAAAAAGAAAGAUAUCGAUGGCCAACUGGUUGCGGAUGCUGCGGACGCAUCGCAUCAGUUUCCGUCCAACGAGGAGCCCAAUAUUCUGGGGCAUGGACCCAACUACGACGAGAAGUUGUCCAAAUUCAAAUGGCUGUGCAAUUUCGAUGAUGCACCCAGUCACUUGAAGUUCAAUCCGUACAUCCGCCGCGGUUACCGCACAUUCCUCUCCAACAAGCUGUGCCUGCAGAGCAUUUUCUGGUGGACCAAUGAGACGAUCAAUAUCUGGAGCCACUUGGCUGGUUGCAUCCUUUUCAUCGGCCUGACGAUCUUCGACCUGCAAUUCCUGCGCCAGCACGCCUCCUUUAGCGACCAGGUCCUGGUGGUCUGUCUCCUCGUCUGCUUCUGUCUCUGCAUGCUGAUGUCCGCCAUCUACCACAUAUUCUCCUGCAAGUCGGAGGAGCACUACGAGAUAUUCCUGUCGGUCGACUUCCUGGGCAUCUCGCUGUCGCUGGUGGCGAUCUACAUCAGCGGCAUGUACUACGCCUUCUGGUGCCACACCUUCCUGCGCACCCUCUACUCCACCAUUGCCCUCGGGAUGUUCGGCCUUGCGAUUGCUGUCCAGAUCCCCCGCUUCAAUGUCUCCAUGAACGCCAAGGUGGCGGUGCUGCUGCUCUGGUCCGCCUACGGGAUCAUCCCGCUGGGUCACUGGGCGGUGGCGAUGGGUGGCUUGGAGAACGAGCUAGUCAGGCUCAUGGUGCCCCGCAUUGUGGUCAUGUACUUGCUCUGCCUCAUCGCGUUCGUUUUCUACGCGGCCAAGAUCCCGGAGCGCUGGUUCACCGGAAAGGUGGACUUCGUGGGCCACUCGCACAACUGGUGGCACCUGAUCAUCGUGGCGGCCUUCUACCACUGGCACAACACCGGACUGGUCUACGCCGAGUACAGACUGAACAACGGCUGCAGUGCUCCGGUUCUCGCCUGAGAUUCAAGAUUCGAGAUUCAAGAUUCAAGAUUCGGAGGAGAUCGAGGUUCCAAGAAACGGAAAUGGAUGCGACGAACGGAACCGGGACUCUAGUAGAUUCUAGCAUAGUGUAAAUAGUUUAUGGGGCGCUCUUUAUUCGCUAUUAACUAAUAUUUAGUUGUAGUUGUUGACCGAUAUGAUUAAUUUAUGUGUAACUUACCGAUUAGUAAGGGUUUCGUGUUAGUCCAUCCAAAGAGUUGGCAUCACACGAGCGGAAGAAUGGUUUCUCUCUAUAUAUUUCCUAAUUCAAUUCGUUUUAAUAUACAAUGUCUAUGGAGUUGCAUGUGUCUUGAGCUGAAGCUGUGUUAGUCUUGUUGACUCGAUUUUUACAAAUACUUUCAAUGCAAAUACAAUAUCAAAAGUACAAAACAA